GCACUUGUCUAUUUAAAAAUGCGUCGUCUCUAAUUUUCUAUAGACUUCGAUUAUUCUUUCUCAUUCUAGCUUUUGUGAUGGCCAAUCCUCGUGUUUAUUUUGACGUUACUAUUGGUGGUAAGCCUGAAGGACGUAUUGUAUUUGAGCUUUUUAAGGACGUGGUUCCAAAGACUGCCGAAAACUUUCGUGCUCUCUGUACAGGUGAAAAAGGUGUUGGACAAAGUGGUAAGCCAUUAUGCUACAAAGGCAGUCUUUUCCAUCGUAUCAUCAAGAACUUUAUGAUUCAAGGUGGUGAUUUUACUGCUGGCAAUGGUACUGGUGGUGAAUCUAUUUACGGUGAAAAGUUUGAAGAUGAAAACUUUCAACUGAAGCAUGAUAAACCUUUCUUGUUAUCCAUGGCUAACGCUGGUCCUGCUACCAAUGGAUCUCAAUUCUUUAUCACCACUGUUCCUACACCACACUUGGAUGGUAAGCAUGUUGUGUUUGGUAAAGUGUUGAAGGGAAAGGGUGUUGCUCGAGCCCUUGAAAGCUUGGAAACUUCACAAGACAGACCUCUUGAAGAUGCUGUGAUUGCCAAUUGUGGUGAAUUAGCUGAAGGUGAAGACGACGGCAUUCCUGUCCCUGCUGAUGGUGAUGAUUAUGAAGAAUUUCCUGAUGAUCAUGAAGGACCUAAAGAACUUGCUGAUAUUGUUGAGAUUGCUGGUAAGCUCAAGGAUAUCGGUAACCAAUAUUUCAAAAAGGGAGAGCUUGAAAACGCUUCCAGAAAGUAUACCAAGGCUGUCCGCUACUUAAACUUUAAGCCUGCCUUUGAUGCUGAAGACCCUGAAGACCUUCGUGUGAAAUACAGUGCUAUCAAAAUUCCUUGUUUCCUUAACCGAGCCAUGUGUGCUCUCAAGUUGGGUGACAAUGCAGCCUGUAUCAAGGCUACCACCACUGUCGUUCAAUAUGAACCCAAGUACUUGAAAAAGACAGAUCUUGCUAAAGCUUAUUACCGUCGUGGUGUUGCUAAGCUCAACAGCAGAGAUUUCGAAGGUGCUGUUGAAGAUCUACAAUUGGCCAGUGAACAAGAUCCUCUUGAUGCUGGUAUCAAGAAGGAACUCGCACAGGCUAAAGCCAAAUUAGCGGCAAAAAAGAAGAAGGAGAAGGAUGCUUUUGCAAAGAUGUUUGCUUAA